AAGAGCCUUUUUCCUGCAGAAAGGAAUUUGACAUGGCCACAGCCAACGACAGGGCAGUUUUGCAAAGUAUCUUCCACCCAAAUACCCCCUUUGGGGAAAUCUCUGCCGAGUUGGAGGAGGUGCAAGAGGAAGAUGGAGCAGGAGCUGCAUUUGACCCAGAGCUGCUGGAACAAGCCACUGAGCUAGAGAUCCAGGGAGUUGCAGCCGCUGAAGCUGGAGACCUGGAUAAGGCCUUGGAGAGGUUUGACCGAGCCAUUCGGCUGCUCCCUGAGCGAGCUACAGCCUACAACAACAGGGCCCAGGCCCUCCGCCUCAAUGGCGACGUAGCAAGUGCCCGAAAGGACCUGGACAUGACACUGAAACUUAGCAAGGGUGUUGGCCGUGUGGCCUGCCAAGGAUUUGUGCAAAGAGGACUGAUCCAACGCUUGCAAGGCCAGGAAGAGGCAGCCCGGAAGGAUUUUGAGCAAGCAGCCAGUCUGGGCAGCACCUUUGCCCGCCAGCAGCUGGUCCUGAUGAAUCCUUACGCAGCCCUCUGUAACCAGAUGCUCUCAGAAGUGGUGAAGAAGCUCCACUGCCCAAGGGAAGAGCCCCAGCAGGAGGCUUCUUCCAGGGAGAAAGAGUGCCACUGAGAGCUGUGGCUGAGGGUCCAGAAGGGCUCAUUCUGCACUUCCUCUCCAAAAGGCAAGCUGUGGGGGCUGCUCCUCAUUAUGGCUCGCUCGCUCUCCCUUUCUGGCAACAAAGAUUGUCUCAAAGCAAUGUGCAUUUGGGUUGUGAUCUGGAAUAAACUAUACAAAUUGA